AUGUUGGCGGCGGUGUACGGCAGCGCUCCUCUUCCUAGAGGUUUCCUAGGGUUUCUCCUUUUGGGUGGGCCUCUUUUGGGCCUAUUUGUUUAUCUUCAGCCCAUCCUUGGAUUUGGUAGCCCAUUUUCUCCACUAGUUUGGCCCAGGUCUGUUACUCUUAAAUCUCUAAUUAGCCCAUUAGAAUUGAUAUCCCGACUUAGCGCCUUAAUUGGUUAUGGACUCCGCUUAAGCCAUUUGUCGAUUUCAAUGGUUUUGGUGUGUAAUUUUAUCUCUAGAACCCUGGCCAAUUGUAAUUCCUCAAGUGCUUCAUCUUCUCAUCAAAGCUUUAGGCUAAUGGACUUGGUGUAUCUAGGUUUUAGAUAUGCUAUUAGAUUAGAGAAUAACGGCAUUAUGAUCUCCUCCCUACGGAGAGGCGGUUACCGAAACUUCUUUAAUCCUCUCUCCCCAAAUCCCUUAAAUAUUGAAUCCGAGCCAUACUUGUCUAACAUUUUUAAGAUUGAUAUUCAUGAAAGCAAGGAUUUGAGAAGCUAUGGCAUUAUGAGACCGGCUCUAUGGAGCAGUGCUUACCAAAUGCUUCUCAACUCUAUACCUCUAAACCCACCGGGUGACAGAACCCACUCAACCCCUCUCCUUGUCGACGACCAUUUCCUGCUUAAUCUACCUGGGACAGCGAGAAUCUCGACUUUGAGAAUCUUUUCAAUGUCACCUCAUCUAUUAUGGACCGUGACCAUCACUUCGUCCACCGCUCUGUUUGUGGAUGACGUUUUGACAACCCGUGCUCUCACUGGUACCAGUCGGCUCCGUAGCAUUGGCCCUCAAGUUUCAUGGAUCCUUUGUCGGUUUAUCUUUGCUAUCUUUGUGUAG